GUCUAUAGCUUAGAAAUAACAAUUUCUAUAAACAUCUUCGGCUUUCUGAAUUUCCUGAUUUCAAAAUUCUGUUGGUCUGCCAAUGUUCCUGUAACACUGAAGGGGAAUACAAGGUCUUUUUGCCAUUGCUCCAGGACUUCCACCAAGAGGAAGGAAGCCCCUGGACCAACAUCCUCUAAGAUGUUUAUAUGGACCAGUGGCCGGGGCUCUUCAUCUUACAGACAUGAUGAGAAAAGAAAUAUUUACCAAAAAAUCAAGGACCAUGACCUGCUGGACAAAAGGAAAACUGUCACAGCCCUGAAGGCAGGAGAGGACCGUGCCAUUCUCCUGGGGCUGGCCAUGAUGGUGUGCUCCAUCAUGAUGUACUUCCUGCUGGGAAUCACACUCCUGCGCUCAUACAUGCAGAGUGUUUGGACGGAGGAGACUCAGUGCACUUUGCUGAACGCUUCCAUCACAGAAACAUUUAAUUGCUCCUUCAGCUGCGGUCCAGACUGCUGGAAACUCUCUCAGUACCCCUGCCUGCAGGUGUAUGUGAACCUGACUUCUUCUGGGGAAAAGCUCCUUCUCUACCACACUGAGGAAACGAUGAAAAUAAAUCAGAAGUGCUCCUACAUACCUAAGUGUGGAAAAAACUUUGAAGAAUCCAUGUCCCUGGUGAACGUUGUCAUGGAAAACUUCAGGAAGUACCAGCACUUCACCUGUUAUUCCGACCCAGAAGGAAACCAGAAGAGUGUCAUCCUAACUAAACUCUACAGUUCCAAUGUGCUGUUCCAUUCACUCUUCUGGCCCACAUGCAUGAUGGCAGGGGGCGUGGCAAUCGUUGCCAUGGUAAAACUCACACAGUACCUCUCCCUGCUUUGUGAGAGGAUCCAACGGAUCAAUAGAUAAGAGCAAAAAUGGAUGAGAUUCAUUUCGUUAAAGCUCAAAUACUGUUUUCUUUCAUUCUUCACCAAAGAACCUUAAGUUGGUAAUGUGCAGUCUGUUAUGAGUUCUUUAAUAUAUUCUUAUACGUAGAGCAAUAAUGCAAAAGCUGUUCUAUAUGCAAACAUAUUGUUGUCUUUGUUAUUCAGAGGAAGAAUAACUGUUUUAUGUUGGUUGGUUGUUUUCAAACUCUUGUUUAUUGUUGGAGUUAGUACUUCCUUCUCUCCUUCUGCCAAAACAGGGCUCAGUUACUCAUUUGCCAAGCUUUAUGGAGGAAUGUAGACAAAAUCAAUGUGAUUGGACCUGUGUUCUGAGUGGUCAAAUCACUUGAAGACAUUUUUGCAAUAUUUUUCAUCAUUCAUUGUUUACUACAGCUGCAGCCAAAAAUAUGCUUUCCUUUUUUUACUCUGAACUGAGUCCUGUAGCAAGCGAAGGGACCAGAAUAUUUCUAAAUAAUGGAUAUUAUGAAUUUCUUUGUAUUUUACCAUAUCACUGUAAAGAAGGGGGAAACCCAGACUAGUUUACUUUUAUUACGUCUUACUCAUAAUUUUAUAUUUUUAAACUGAUUUCCCCAGAAAAAUGCUGUUUUCAUUAAUCAAUUCUGCUAUGAUUUAAAUAGAAAGUGAACAGAGCCCUUUUUCAUUAAAGACCCUCCUACUGUGUGAAACGAUGAUAUUUACAAGGAGUUUGUUUCAAAUGAAUUGACUCAAUGUUGACUAGAUGUUCUAUAAUGGUCUAGAAGAAUCUGUUAUUAAAAUAUUUCUGUGAAAAAUUUUAUUCCAUUCAGUUGAAUCAUUAAGUGGAAAAAUUAAGAUCCUAUUUGUUGGUCAAGAGUGAUGGGCUGAUUUCAGUGGGUAAAUCUAUUGUGAUAUAUUACGUGGUGAAAUAUUGCUCUUUGAGAAUUUAUAUUUAAGUUAACAAGUGUGUGGUCUCUCUCCUUCUGAUAAGUGUUUCUUGUUGGGAUUUUAAAGUUAUGUGCACAAAAUAUUUGCCUCCUCUACGUGUCUUGUAUUUCUAUUUACAUUCUGUUUUGUUGCUAGUUUUUAUACAUGGGAUAGAUCUUUUUUCCUAAUGCACAUUUGAACUGAAUAACAAAUUUAAAGGAAGCAUUUGCUCACAUUGCUUUACUUAUUGUGUUUGGGGGUGGGGCCAUGAAGGACCAGGUUCAAACAAAAACACUCCAUCUUUAUUUAACAUCAGCAUCAAAAUCAGAAGACAAUUAUCUAUCUUUCUCGUCUAUAUAUAUAUUUAAGUACUCUUUUGUAAUGUAGUAAUCAACGUUUUCUAGUUAUUGCAAAAUUUUACAAAUCAUUCUGAGGAUUAUAUGGUGAAACUAAUUUGAUGAAGUGGAAAGUAUUCUGCAAUAUUGUAAUUCAUAGUUUGACUUUUCAUAAGUAAAUAAAUCCCUAGGCUGUAAUCAGGA